AUUUAUUCUCAUCUAACAGCACACUAAGGUGUAUUGUCUAUCAAAAUGCCAGUUGAUUUGGAAUGUAAGUCACUCCUAUUGAAUUACACGCAGGAUGAUGUGCAAAAAAUAUUGGCAAAUCACGGGAAAAAAAUGAAAGACUUGGAAAACGAUGUGGAAUCAAUCAAGGAAUGGUUUAAAACACAACCACAUAUUCCAGUUACACCCAGUGACAGAUUAAUAGUUUCAUAUUUGUUAAUGAAUAAGUUUUACAUCGAGAAAACUAAAUCCAGGCUGGAAAUGAACUAUUCCAUACGCAAUGUAUUACCUGAGUUGUUUUGUCACAAUCCAUUACAUCCCAAAAUGCGAAAAUCCCAUAGUUAUUUGAAGGUCAUAGGUAUGCCAAAACUAACGAAAGACUUACGUAGGAUUUGCAUUAUAAAAUACGAAGAUGAUGCUAGUAUCGAUGUAAAUAUAAUCCUUUCACGCAUCGUCAUGAGUAUGGAACUAAUCGCAAUGUACGACUUCAGCAAUGGAGAUGAAUAUAUAGUUGAUUGUAUGAAUAUGAAGUUUUCAAUAAUUAGUAAAUUUAAACCCACUGAUGUUAUGAAAAUUGUUGGGCUUUACGAUAAAGUAUAUGCAAAUAGAUGUUCUGCUAUACAUAUUGUUAAUUUGCAGUCUGUUUCUGAAACUUUGACUAAUAUGUUUAAAAUGUGUUUAAAACCUAAGCUACGAGAUAGGUUAAUUAUUCAUAAAAAUAUUGAGUCUUUGAAACAAUUUUAUAGCUUGGACUUGUUACCAAAAGAUUAUGGAGGAACUUCUAAAAGCACAGAUGAAUCCGUAGAUGAUUAUCAAGAAUUUCUAGAAAGUCAUGAUGAAUAUUUAUCGAAAUGGAUUAAAAUUCAUGUAGAUGCAAAAUUGAGACCAGAGCCACUGGUUAAUGAUGAAAUUCUUGGGUAUUAUGGAAAUUUUAAAAAGCUUGACGUUGACUGAUAUAUUAGCAAAAAAUAGCGGAGGUUAUUAUCUUUUAGAGAAAAAAAUAUUCUUUAAUAAAUAGUUUUGUAUAAAAAAUUAAUUAAUUGCAUUUUAAUUAUUGCUUUCUUGUUGUGUGUUUUUAUUUACACUCUUUUCAGUAAACCACGGGUUCCAUAUGUUAAAACCAUUUUAUUGAAAUCUUUAAUUCUGUAAUAAGUAAAUUGAUAAACUUAUGGCACCAAACUUGAUCAAGAAAGCAUAGAUUUUAUAUAUUUUAUAAUAUACAAACAAAAUUACUAU